ACCUAUCGGCACACAAGUAAAAUCUCCCAUCUUUUCUCCACUCCUCCGUCGAACUCAGUACUGUAAAACUUCAAGUAAUAUCGAGCGAAGUAACCACCGAGUUCGAAAAUCGCCGUCAGAACGAGUCGAAACGAGUCACAACCCUAGCAUGGAUCCUCUGGAAGCAAUAGUUGCUCAAAUCCAAGGGCUGUCGAGUUCCUCCUCCGACAUCACUCGUCUUCACACAAUCUUGAGACAGUCUGACGACUCGCUCCGUUCUGACUCAAAUCGUCUGUCUCCGAUUUUCUCUCUCAUUGAUCCUUCCAUUCACUCCCUCGGUUUUCUCUAUAUCCUAGAUGCAUUCACAGCUCCUUCAGCUUCGAAUCAGCCGCAAGCUGAGGAGGUAGUUCCGAUCAUAACAAGAUUUAUCAGUGCUUGCAGCGUGGAGCAGAUCCGGCUGGCGCCAGAAAAAUUUGUAUCUGUAUGCAAGAGGUUGAAGGACCAAGUAAUGCUGCUGGAAGCUCCCAUACGCGGGGUGGCUCCUUUGUUGACUGCUCUUCGGAAACUUCAAGUCUCCAGUGAGCAUUUGACUCCUCUGCAUGCAGAGUUUCUUCUGCUUUGCUUGUUGGCAAAAUGCUACAAAACUGGUCUAUCCAUAUUGGACGAUGACGUUUUUGAAGUAGACCAUCCGCGAGACCUUUAUCUCUACUGUUAUUACGGGGGUAUGAUAUGCAUUGGACAGAAGCGCUUUCAGAAAGCGUUGGACCUUCUGCAUAAUGUUGUAACUGCUCCCAUGACUAUGAUGAAUGCUAUAGUUAUUGAAGCUUACAAAAAAUAUAUAUUGGUUUCUCUCAUUCGUCAUGGACAAUUCUCUACCAGUCUUCCCAAGUAUUGUUCUACACUUGCCCAAAGAAAUCUGAAAGUCUUUUGUCAGAACCCUUACAUGGAAAUAGCACAUACUUAUAGCACUGGAAAAGUUGCAGACUUAGAGGCAUUUGUCAAUGCACAUGCAGACAAAUUCGAAUCUGAGAACAAUCUUGGACUGGCUAAGCAGGUUGUAUCAUCUAUGUAUAAGCGGAAUAUUCAGAGAUUGACACAGACAUACUUGACCCUUUCUCUCGAAGACAUAGCCAACACAGUGCAUUUAAAUAGUGCCAAGGAAGCUGAAAUGCAUGUCCUACAAAUGAUUCAGGAUGGUGACAUAUAUGCAACAAUCAACCAGAAGGAUGGAAUGGUGAGGUUCUUAGAGGAUCCGGAACAAUACAAAACCUGUGAAAUGAUUGAACACAUUGAUUCAUCAAUCCAGAGAAUAAUGGCACUGUCGAGGAAACUUACCAAGUCAGACGAACAAAUUGCAUGUGAUCAGUUGUACUUGUCCAAGGUUGGAAGAGAGAGACAGAGAUACGACUUUGAUGACUAUGAUGUUCCACAAAAAUUCAACAUUUAAAGCUAGGCUACAUAUGUUCAUAAGAGUUUGUUUGGUGCUGUGAAUGAUGCAAGUAGAUCUGUUUCAUUGACCUUUUCCUUUUACUAUUACUUACCUGGGUUCUGUUAAUGGGGGAGUGUUUUAUUUUGCUCCCAAGUGGAUUUGUCCAACUGAUUAAAAAACUUAUUCUGUUGUGAAUUCACUUAGUGGAUGUUGAAUUGUCUUUAA